ACUGCUUGGUCACGUGACAGUAAAAAUGUCCGACGACAGAGAACCUCCCCCGAUGGAUGAUGAUGAGGAUAUUUUCGGCGAAACUGAACCUAAACUAGAGACACUACCAGAUUCACACCCAGUCGGUGAGACAGAGGCCGAGAAAUCAAAACCUGAAGAGAAGACUCGCAUUCCAGUUGAUAUCAGUAUAGACAGUGACAAAGAUGACGAGGAUUUAUUCGCAGGGGGAGGUACAGAAGUGAAGUUGGACUCUGACAAUGAUGAUUCACCUGAAGCAGAAGCUGAUACACCUAGUGAGCCAGCCAAACAGGAGACACCAGCAGUUGUAGACCUGCACGAUGAGGAGGACACAGAGGAGGUUCCCAAGAUCCGGCCUAUAUCUGCAGCUGAGGAGCGUCCAAAACUGGACAUCAGUGAGACCACGACCUCCGCCACCGCUCCUGUACGUGUCUCCCGUACCGUUUCAAAAGGCUCAAAAGAUGAAGAUAAGAUAGAGGAAGAUCCCUACACAAUAGACAUCAAGGUUGUGGAACCACACAAGGUUGGAGAUGGCAUGGGCGCCUAUGUUGUCUACAAAGUUAUCACAAAUACUACCAUUCCUGCAUUCCGUAAAUCGGAGCUGAUUGUUGUUCGGCGAUUCAGUGAUUUCCUCGGUCUGUACGAGAAGUUGCGGGAGAAACAUGCCCACUAUGGUCGCAUCGUACCCCCAGCUCCAGAAAAGAGUCUUGUUGGCAUGACAAAAGUUAAGAUGUCAAAAGAGGAGGCUGGUUCAGCAGAUUUUCUAGAACGUAGAAGGGCAGCAUUGGAAAGGUAUUUGAACCGAACAGCAAGUCACUCUCUGCUGAGGAUGGACCCUGACUUCCGUGACUUCCUGGAACGAGACGGGGAGCUGCCUAAGGCUACCAACACCUCCGCUCUGAGCGGAGCUGGGGUGAAACGCCUCCUCAACAAGAUUGGCGACUCUGUGGAGAAAAUCACCUUCAAGAUGGAUGAGUCAGAUGAGUGGUUUGAGGAGAAGCAGCAGCAGGUGGACAACCUGGAAACACAGCUCAAGAAACUGCACAUGGCCAUGGAGAACCUUGUGGGUCACCGCCGGGAAUUGAGUCUGUCUACGGCUGUAUUUGCGAAGAGCGCAGCCAUGCUUGGUGCUGCUGAGGAGCACACGGCAUUGUCACGGGCAUUGUCCCAGCUGGCCGAGACAGAGGAGAAGAUUGAGGCUCUACACAAGGAACAGUCGGAGCAGGACUUCUACAUCAUGACAGAGCUGCUGAAGGACUACAUCUGCCUCCUCGUGUCUGUCAAGGAGGUAUUGCACGAGCGAGUGAAAACCUACAAGACCUGGAAAGAUGCGGAGGCAACACUGACCAAAAAACGGGAGGUGAAAGCCAAACUGGAGCUUGCCCACAAGACCGAUAAAAUAUCAGCAGCCAACCAGGAAAUUACAGAUUGGGUACAGCGUGUGGAGAAGGGUCAGCGGGACUUUGAGACGAUAUCUGCAACGGUGAGAAAGGAGAUUGCGCGGUUUGACAAGGCCCGAGUACAGGACUUCAAGACCAGUGUCGUACAGUACCUCCAGGUGCUCAUGGAGAAACAGCAGCAGAUGAUUAAACAUUGGGAACAGUUCUUGCCAGAGGCAAAGGCGAUUGCGUGAGGCGGGUGGUGACAAUUCAGGAACAAUUCACCAAUUGGGCAGUGUUAUCAUCAUUCCACAACUUCAGUGCUAUCUUACUUGUGUGUCAUAUACGGCCUUAAAGUAUUGUUACUUUAAUAAAUGUUUUAGAUCAUCCUGUAAUAUUUAACAUUUUUAUUGCAAAAUCAAAACUGCUUGUAUUAAAUGUAUUUUUUUUCAAGAUGAAUAAAUUUAUAUUGACAUUUCCACAACAUACUUUUCGUAAGUCUGUAGAAAAGAUUAAAAAUGGUAAAAAUUUCGAAUUAGGACAAUUAUCUCACUAACUUAAUAGUUGUAUAGUAUUUAUACCUCAUGAUACUCGAAAACUGAUAUCCAUCUGUGUUUAUAGAACACUGAUUCCUCAAGUUUAAAGAUGAUAUAUAAUGAUUCCGUUGAUGCUCUGAUGUGCAAUAUAUUUUCCAUGAAUGUUAUAAUCAUUCAGUACCUGGUCUUGUGCUCAUGUAAAGGUUGUUCAUCGAGAUACAAUCCAGAAAAUUGACUCAAUCUAUUCUGAUGUGGAAGCAUCUUAUUUGUUAAAAACAUUGACAUCCAUGUAUCUUGUAACUAUAUUUUAUAGAAUUUAUGAGGUAUUUAAAGUAACUCACUGAUUUUAUGACGGCAACGAUUUUGCAACUUUGUUAAAAUUGAGUAAAUUACUUACUUGUAUGAGAAACACGAAUCAGCAAUAGGCAGAUACAUGUUUGAACUUAAUUUUGUAAUCUUUGCCAAAAAAUAAGUCAAUUUUCAAUAGUGUCGCUAAUGGUUUUUUGAAAAAUAGAGCAUUUUAGGUCAUAUUUUUUUUGUAAUUUUUAAUCAAUCAUUAACAAUUAAGCUCUAAUUUAAACUGAUAAUGUUCUAUCAUUGAAACAAAAUCUUAUUCUCAUUUCAUACGAAAUUAUAUUCUUUGAUGUCUGACCUUAGAUAUCUAUUCAACAAGAAUGAGUCCCUCUAGUUCUAGCGAGGUCAGUUUGGAGUGGUAAAGAAUAUUGAGCAUUGCUGCCUGUUAUAUCAAAAUGUGUACAAAAUAUGGUUUAUUUUAAUUCAUUAUAAUUUUAGUAUACAUGUUACUAAGAGAAUACCUGUCAGUGUGUGUUGUAUAACUUAGGGAUCAAAGAUUCACUUAAAAAAUUGUUAAUGAUAUGAUACAAUGAUGUUUAUGUACUAUUAAAUUGUAAUGCUUA